AUGGCUUGCUCGAACACAUCUGAUUACUUCCUUCUGGCAGCCGUGAUCGGCGUGGCCAUCGCGGGUAACCUUGGCGGAGGCGGAGGUUUCGGCGGUGGAGGCUUCGGCGGCGGUGGAUUUGGGGGUGGCGGCCACGGUGGUGGCGGCUACGGUGGCGGCGGUGGCCACGGUGGAGGCGGAGGUGGAGGCCAAGUACACAGGUUCUUGGUAACCACGAGGACUACCUCUGGCGGCGGCGGUGGCGGUGGCUACGGUGGCGGCGGCGGAGGUCACGGUGGCGGAGGAUUUGGCGGCGGGGGAUUCGGUGGAGGAGGAUUCGGUGGCGGCGGUGGUGGCCACGGCGGUGUCGGAGUCGGAAGCACCUCGCAGUUCAAGGGAGGCACCAUCUACAUCCUUAAGCCUAGGAGAACGGGAGGAGGUGGAGGAUACGGAGGUGGAGGAUACGGAGGCGGCGGACAUGGAGGUGGCGGAGGAGGAGGAUGGCAAGCUGGCGGAGGUGGAGGCGGUGGCUGGCAGGCCGGUGGAGGUGGAGGAGGCUGGCAAGGCGGCGGCGGAGGAGGAGGCUGGCAAGGCGGCGGCGGAGGCGGAGGAGGCUGGCAAGGCGGCGGUGGCGGAGGAGGCUGGCAAGGCGGUGGCGGAGGCGGUGGCUGGCAGUAA